CAGCUGCGACGGACGGCCUUGGGUUAUCGCACGCUGAUCCCCACGCAACUAGCGCCACGCAAAGUUUCGAUCCGGAGGCGUUUGAAGUCGGAAGUGCGGCUGCCGACAGUCCUGAGACUGAGACGAAUCCUCGUGUAUAUUCCGCCGUGAACGGUGAUCAUGGUCCAACGGCGGCUCCUGACUACAGCGCUCUUACGUCGGCGUAUGCUGCAGACGCAACUACCGCUCCCCAUGCAAACGGCGACGUAGCGCGCUCAAAAGAGGCGACUGCGGAUGCUGCAGAAGGACCUGUUCCAUACGGUGUUUCGCCGUAUGAGCAUGGUGUAGAUCCGGAGGGACAGGACCCGGAAGCGUUUGGAGUAGACGAACAUGAUCCUGAAGCCGUCGGUAUCGCCGAUUCCGAAACAGUCAAGCACCUUCACCACGCAGCUUCGCCGACGAAACCGGUUGCUCCUCCUUCGGCCAGCGGUGCAAUCAGGCAAUCUCCACCGUCCUCUGCGUACGCACCAAACGGGGUUUCGGCGUUUAGAGCGUCUCCGGGACCGGUAGAAAGGACGCAGUCGCCUGCGCGCAGCGUGCCCUCCAGGACGGCAUCGCCGUACGAUCCGCCGUUCCCUCCUGCACGCUCUGCAUACGAUCCGCCCAAAUCGGAGAAGCCGAUAUCGCCAUCUACUGUAUCGUCAGUUGCUUCGCCGCGUGGUAGCCUCGAUGCUCCUCGCCGCCCUGGCUCCAGAGUUGGAUCCCCUGCGUUUGCGGCGCCAGCGACUACGGCUUCGGCGUACGACCCGUACAAGCCUGGCCCUGCAAGCACACAGGAUGCCUAUGAUCCCGGACGGUAUGGCGUGCAGAGGACAGCAUCACCCAGCUCGGUGUCCACGAAGUCACAAGUAACCAAUCCAUACGCUCCCCCGUCCUCUUCUUCGGCGUUUUCGCUAGGUAGGGACCGAGCGAUGUCCGGCGGGUCCGUGUCGUCGAUGACUACGAGCAAUUCCUUCAGCGCGUACGCUCCCAACCCGCAGCCCAAACGACAGGCAAGCGAAGCGUCGGAUUACGGAGAUUAUCAACAGAGAUACGGUUACUCUGACCCUGACAAGACGGCGACGUAUGAUAACCAUGUGCAAGAGAUCACUCUGGCGGCGCCACCGGUGUAUGGCGCGUAUGCACCGUCGCCGACGCUCCUGGGUGCCAACGAUCCGCUUGGCCGCACUUCUGCACGUGCCCCGGUUAUCAGCUUCGGUGCCGGGGGCAGGUUCGUUACGUGCCUGCACGGUUCAGGAACUCUCAACACCGGCUUCGACGUUGCGUUGGCUACUCGUCAAUCGACUGACGUUCGUAUCCAGAAGCUGCAUGACGUAAUCCCGCAGUCAGCAUUGGACACCACCGAAGUGGUCUUCCCGGGUCCGUUGUUUAACGAUCCGGGGACGCCGACCACUAGUCUAGUCGGUACAGGGGCUGCCGCGAAAACCAAAGCCAAGAAGGCCAAGGUGCUCCAGUAUCUCGAGGAUAGGGCAAACGAGCUUGAUCGGGGCCUAGGCUACCUCAGUACAGAUUCUAUAGAGCACAGUCAUGCGGAGGGCAAGCUAGCAUUGGUGCGGCUGCUCAAGGUCAUGGUCGAGAACGAUGGAAAGCUAACCGGAAGUGCUGCUAUCGACACCGCGGUGCGUGCCGCUCUCGUCCCACGGCUCGCCAACAGCACGGGCGACGCUGCGGACUCUCUGCAUACCCCUGCUCUGGGAUACGCAGGAAUACCGUCGUUGCACUCGAAUGAGGCACCCUUGGCGACAUACCAAGUCAGAGCAUCAUCCUUGGAUAAAAUCCAGGACUUCCUCAUUCGUGGGGAGAGGAAGAAGGCGUGUCACUAUGCCGCCGACGAGAAGCUCUGGGCACACGCGAUGGUCAUUGCGAGCAGUGUCGAUAAAGACACCUGGAAAGAGGUAGUUAACGACUUCGUCCGGUCGGAGCUUGGUGUUCGGGAAGAGAAAUCGAAUGGCAGAGAAGCACUCAGGGUAGCUUACAGUCUCUUUGCCGGCCAAGGUGCCGCUGCUGUCGAGGAACUACUGCCCCCGAAACUCUUGACGAGGACGUUGGGUCAAACUUUGACUGCUGGCCCACUGCAAGUGCCGCCGAUUGCUCAUGGGACCCCCAUCUCGCCGAACUUCCCUCACCCGGAGAAGACGGCUCGCGUGCCUGCGGAAUCGUUGGCGAAGUGGCCGGAGACUGCUGCGAUGUUAGCAUCAAGUCCCAUGACCCCCGACUCUGCGGCUGCUUUGGUUGCUCUCGGGGACUAUCUCAUGUCUAACGACUGGAUAGAGGCGGCCCAUGCAUGCUACCUUUUGUCGUCGCAGGCGCACCUCAUCGGAGGCAGCAGAGCUCCUUCGGCUCGGAUCGUCCUGGUUGGCUCGCAAAGCCCACAUCUUCGACUGAACUUUCACAAGGACUCUGACCCUGUCAUUUUCUCAGAAAUCGCCGAGUUCGCCGCAUCGCUCACGCCGGCGCCGAAGGGACAGGAACCGUUCCCGGGAUGGGCGCACUUGCAGCCUUACAAGCUGGUUCGGGCUUAUCAUUUGGCCGAGCUGGGCCAUACACAGGCUGCGAACAGAUACUGCGAAGCGAUUCGCAACUCGCUUACUCGGCCGUCUCCUUAUCUAAACAUGGCGUUCGCGGAUGAGCUCAAGGCUCUUCAUGACAGGCUUACCGCUGUGCCGCAGUUGGAUAAGGCAGGUUCGUGGAUCGGAGGCAAGAUGGCGAAACCCAGCUUGGAUAGCAUAGGCAACUGGCUGGAAGGCCGGUUCACGAAGUUUAUCGCUGGUGAGGGCGAGAAUUCUCCACCACCCACCGACGAUGUAGCGGUCCCCGGUCAGACAUCCUCAGGCCCCUUCGCACAUUACAGUGCCAUCUCCUCGGCGGCGCCAUCGACAUCCCCUUCACCCCAGCCGUCGUUCACAGCUUAUAACGGCAUGCCUCCCCCGCCGCGGUCGGGCUCGGCUAUGUCAUCGCGGCAGUCAACGGUGCCGCAGGUGCAGAUCGACCGCGCAUCGUCAGCGAUGGAUCACUAUCGCCGGAAGGGUUCUCCAGCGCCCAUCAAUCGCGUAUACUCUGCCAAUGCCGCGACAACCACGUUCGCGCAGGCGGAGGCGGCCGGCAACGGGUAUGCUCCCGGCCGCUCCUCCCUGGACGAGUCGAAGGACAAUGGAGGGUGGUGGAACAGCUCGUUCACGGCAGACUCUGCUGCUCCUACGCCUACUGCCACCACCUUCGGUGCGAGUCCGGAAAACGCGUCGGAUGAAGGCUUCAUUUCACUCAUGGACGUACCUGCGAGCCCCAUGCCCAUAUCGUCCCCUGGUGCGACGCGGACCAAUUACCCACCGGAAGACCCGGAUGACGACGAUCUUGGCCUGGGCAACGCAUCGAGCAAGCGCAAGAAGAAUUCGACUGAUGACGCGGACGCGGACGGUACCACCCCGACCGCGACCCAAAAGAAGGCGGAACCGCCCAAGCCGAAAGCCGAAGAAAAGAAAGCCGAACCGACGGCCACGUCCAACGGCUGGCUCAGCCGGUGGUGGAAGAAGAGCGAUGGUCCUGCACCUGUGAAGGCCAACAUGGGAGAAGACAACUCGUUCUACUUUGACAAGGAGCUUGGCAAGUGGGUCAACAAGAAGGCGGGCGGCGCGGAGGCUGCGAAGCCGGCCGCGCCUCCCCCGCCGCCAUCCCGCGCUCAGACGGCGUCCCCGAGCAAGACGGCCUCGGUCAUGCCGCACACGGGCACGGUCGCAGGCGAGCCGCCGGUGCGCGCGACGUCGUCGUUCGACCUGACGUCGCCGCCGCGGAAGCCGCCGCCGCCGAGGGCGCGCUCGAAUUUGGUUCCGACGGAGAACCUGCCGGACUCCGCGCCACCGUCGCCGGCGCCUGGGGCUGGCUUGAACGUGCCUCCUCCACCUUCGAGACCAAGUUCGAGGGCUCAGGCAGGAGGGAAGAAGAACCUGCGGAGUCGCUAUGUGGAUGUCUUCCAGGCGCAGCCUGGUGGCGGCGCCGCGUAAAUGCGGGUGGUAUAUACGAACAGUCCGACGUAGACCUGUAGCAAUAUUUUCUCUUUAUAGCCCAUACUUAACGUAUCCUGCAUACUAUCCGUAGCAUCUCGCAUGUUUUUUCUUCGUUUGAUAAAUCGGAUUUCCUUUUUCGCAGCGCAACCAGAGCUCCUUGAAUUCUGCAGAGGAUACACGUUUAUUAUUUAAAGGAGCAGCUUGAAUGGGUAUCCCCUAUUCUUGACGCGGAAUAGAGAGAUGAGGAUGGAGAACAUCACGAAGAUGACCGCCGUCCAGAGGUACACCUGAGCCCUCUGACGCGAAGGCGAGGUUUGGUAGGGGGUGACAAUAGUGAGCAUGAGGAAGGCCAUCGCCAGGACGCCAUACAUCAAGGACACCACUUGCGUCUCCUGGCCAUACUGGUUCUGGUACCCCGGCGCGAUCCACUGGCCGUUUCCGCCCGAGUACGGCGAACCGCGGAUUUUGGUGAACAUGAAACCGGAGGUCAUAGUGAGCGUAGUGAGGACGGUGCCGAUGGCCCACACCCAACGAUUGUUGAAGAUGGGGUAGACGAAGCGGACGGUGAGUGCGAAGAAGAGGAGGAAGGCGAGGGUCGAGCCCCAGCGGGCCCAGUCGAAGGGAGCCUUGUAGGGUAUCGGAACGGGCGUUGUGCGGGAGAGUUGCUCGGCAAGAGGUUCGGCGUCGAAGCCGUAGGAGAAGUCUAAUUUGGCAGGAGCGGUCUUGCCGUUGGCCGGGCGCCGGGGACCUUCGGUAGGCGGGUACAAAUGAACGACAGGUGCGGAUUGCAUGCCAAGCUUUUGGAAGACAGAAGGGCCAUCAUCAAAGUCGAGAGUAGCAAAGAAGUGGUUGUCCCGAUCGGCAGGCGAGACAGUCUUCCACGCCUUCGCGACGGCGUUCCAGGACGGAUUAAACUCCCUGCAGGGGUUGCAUCGCCGCCUCGGGUCGAGCGCGGUGAACUGCACGGAGGCAGACCAGUCGCGCUUGGAACCGGUAAUGAGGUCGAACGUCUUCUCGUUCAGUUUGAUGACGCCAUUGGGCGACGAGUUGGCAAGCUUGGCAAGCUCUUCGCGAGGCGUCAACGCGUGUAUGAAGGGCAGCAGGAGCAGCGCAGAGAGCGUCCGUAGCAGCAUCAUUGGACGGAGUGGAUGAGCUG